UAAAAUAACACAGAAAAGGUUUUUCUCAUCUUUGUUAGGGGUGGAAUAUUAGUUCAUAAUAUUACAAGACUUAAUGUCAGUACUGUUUUAUUAAUUGUAUUAAAAUAAGAUCUUAUUCCCAACAACUGCAAAAUAGUACUGCAUGUCGUCUUUCCUAGGUGCUUUUAAAUGUAUAUCAUAAUAUUAUCUUGCUGGAACAACAACUUUGGUGGAGAGUCAGUGGCAAGACACAGUGAUGAAUAUUACCCUUCAAAAUGCAGAGAUAAUAUUUAGAUUUCAAUAUGCCAUUGUACACAUUUUCAAGGCCUUCAUUACGAGAAGCAGCAAAUAUGGGACCUCUAGUGUGUUUGAGUGAUGGGGGGCGUGGUUGUUUCUUGGAAGUCCCCAUUUUCUCAUCCAUAAAAAUAGGUGAUUUGUAUUUUCAGGAAUCUAUACUUUUUACUUGAUCCACAGCACGUUACCCAUUAAAAAUGAAAGACUUUAAUAAUCCCUGAUUAUUAAAUAAAUUCCACAUGAUGCUUUUGUAGCUCCCUCUCAGCACUGGGGUCCUUUUAGGUCUUGUAAUCCUCUUUGGUUUACAGCACAGGUUGAAGGCAUCAUUCCAUAUCAAGUUAUGGUUCAUGACUAUUUGAUUUCUAACAUCCAUGGAUAGCCCGUUUGUCUUAAAAUUUUCAGGUUGGAGAACAAUUACAGCCAUUAUGUCACUGACGAACUACAGUACAUGUGAAUGUGAAUAUUUACUUAUCAAUUACCUGCUUAAAGUAAGUGAAGUGAAAUAUGAAUCGGAUGCUUCUAAUUAAAAUCAGUUGGAUUCUUGUGAAUUUUGCACAUGGAAUUUUGGUUUUCUAUACAUAAUGCUAAGCUUUGUAGUGUUUUUUUUAUUAUUUGACUAAAAGGGAGGAUGGAAUGUUGGCUUUAUGACUCUGUAUACCUAAGCACAUUCUUAAUCAUAAUGUCUAAAAAGGGGGACAUUUAAGGGUAGUAUUCAUAGCCAUGUUAGAAGCUAUACUUUGUAGAGGAAUCAAUGUCAGACUUGUGGCUAUUCGGAGGUCAGCAUAACAGCCACCUCAGGUAGGGGAAAAAAAUAAACAAACUGCAAAAUAUAUGCUUCAAAGUAAUGAAUUUAAGGGUGAAUUUAAGGGUUCACAGACAAGGGUGAAGUUUAUUUCACUUGUUAUUUGUGUGUGUGUGUGUACCUCUGCACAGAAAUGUGCACACAUUGAUGUGAGGAAUUAAAAAAAAAAUCUGCUCUUUUUUGGGGUAAUUUGCAGUUACAUUAUCAAUGCUUUGCAUACGUUGAAAUUUACUUUGUGACUGUGGGCCGGGGCUUAUAACGCAGUGGAUAAAAAUCAGUUACAGGAUAAGCAAGUUGAAUUAUUUAUGUCUGUUUUCGAAUAAGUAAACCUGUCAGUAUAUAUUAACAUCUUCACAAUAUAUAACAAUGUUUGUGUUUUACAUGGAUGCGUAUGAAAAAAUGACCAUUGGUGUCAUUUUUUAAAUGACACACUGAAAAGGAAGGAUAUAUUUAACCAUAGCUUGUAGGCCAUUGCAUAUUGUCGGUCAAGUCUUUUUGGUCGCAGCUUGAAAUCAGCGUUGCCACAGCAACCGGCAAAGAAGAAUCAGUGCGGAUACUGAUGCUAGCGCAUUGAGAGGGAUGCAGCCCGGAGAUGGGACUUCAUGAUCGGCAGUGACUCACCAACUAUAAGCAACAGAAAUCCGAUGAGGGGAAAUUAACCUGGGCGAUGUCGAAUCUUUGCUGAACGAUACUGACGGCUCCGGAGCUUUUUCUUUUUUGAAACCAAAGACUAUAAGAAAAACGGGCCAGCUCGCUCCCUGCCAUCUGCGGACGCUGUUGUAGCUUUUUGGUCCUCGGAGCGACUGCAAUUCAUCAGGAAAUACGCUGCCAGAAACUGGCCCUUUCGGCUGGAGCACGAGCCUUGUGGAAGUUCAAAAUGAAGGAAGAAGUCUUCGUCUUCAUAUUUCAGUAGAUGGGUGCAGAUCUCCAGUUCAAAAUACAUCUUUGCCUUUCCAGAAUUUUGAAUUAAACCUAAAGGAUUUUUACGUAUCUUGUCGACAGACUUUUUUUUUUAUCAUAUGGAAAGACCUUAAAGGUCAAUAGUGGCAAAUGCCAGUUAUGAGUUUGUCAAAGUUUAAGCAACUGACCAAAGCAAGCAUGCUGGAAGAAGGUUCCAGGUUUACUGUGGGAUGAGUCUCUGUAUAUGGGGCAGCAGGCUUUUGGGUAGGAAACCCUCCAGCUUCUGUUCCCGUCAUCAUUAACACCCCACAGAGAACCGUUCAAUUCAUUUGCCCUGCAAAAGCAGCGUGUAUACCAGCAACAACUGUGCUUUCAGGUUCAUUUGAUGAAGACUUGGAAAACCAGGAAAAAAAAUCUCAAAUCAGGGCAAGCUACUUAAACAUGCUAUUUUUAGUUAGUAUAGCUUAGUUUAAUGCAACUUCCUACGGUGCUCAUGCCAUCACUUUGGCCCCAAAAUUAAACUGUGCUUUAAUGCUGUGAGCUAAAAACAUAAGCAUUACUAAAGCUUGAGACACAUCAGAAAGGACUACUGACGUGGUAAUUCGGCGCCAGACAGCAGAGCCCAUAGCUUACCUGUUUGUGACUGUCUCCCCCAGUCUAGCUGGACCAUCAAUCGAGAUGAGCCAGAAGCUAGAUUUGGAGACAGAGGGCACCCAGCCCUUAGUUUACUCCCUUGAGGAGCUUGAGUGCAAGAUCUGCUACAACCGCUACGACGUCCGAGCACGCAAGCCCAAGGUGCUCAGCUGCCUACACCGCGUUUGCGCCAAAUGCCUGAAGAAGAUCGUGGAGAUGGGUGACUCGUCACCCAGCAUCAUAAGCUGCCCCUUUUGCCGCCAUGAGACUCCCGUGCCUGAGGAGGAAAUCUGGCUCCUGCAGGAUGACAGCAACAUCCUUGCCCUGCUGGCAUACCAAGACCGAACCAGGAAGAGCGGUUCUGUAGUCCCUGGUGAGGUCGUGCUGACGCCCAACGGCCUGAGCAGCGAGGGCUGCACCGGCGGGGACCAGUCACACAGCUCCUCGGACUGCCUGGUGAUCACCAUCAUGGAGGUACCGGGGGAGUCGCAGUCCUCGGAGACGAUGAGCAUGCUGAACAUGGUGCGCCUCUACCGUCCACCCAGCCUGGACUCGCUGCCCUGCCACCUACCUGUGCAGAAGUGCCGGAUGUGGACGUCGCACGCCUUCCCUCGCUUCCUGAUAGGUGUCCUCUGCCUCAUCUACUUCAGCUCCCUCCCCCUGGGCAUCUAUCUACUGAUGAUUCAGCAGCUCUCCCUGGGCGUCAUCCUCGUCAGCCUGGUGCCCUCCACUCUAGUUCUCUGCGUCUUCUACGGCUUCUGCCAGUGCCUAUGUCACGAAAUAAUGGAGUCGAUUUCCACAUAAUCCUCCUACACGCGUGUAAAUCCAGUGAUGUAACUGGCCUUGCUGGAAAGAAAUAUGUACCAUCACUGACUCUCCUUCUCAUCCUCCUAUCCUGUCCUGGUUCUUCCUUUACCAGUACUAGUAGACAAUUUAUCUAUCUAUGUGGCUGGUUGGCAGGAACCCCUAAAAGAUGCAUGAUUAUUUGUGGCCCUUCUGUAAUUACUUCUUAAAUUCUCACCCUUCAUGCAAUCCAGUUGUUAUGAAAUCCUAUUUGUUUGUUUGUUUUUUGUUUGGUGGGAUCGAGGUUUCAGUCAAGGUUUAUUCUUAGUGAGAAACUAAGACCAUAUAUACAUAACUCAGGCUGUAUCAAAUUGCUGAAAUUUGUAGCCAAACUCCUCACUAAAUAGGCUUCAGAUAUAACUGUGAUCACUUUACUGUGUUACGAAUGAAGACUGAAAAUGCACAUCUACAGUUCCCGUUUCAUACAGUGGAAAGUAGCUUAGUAGAACUCUUGUCUGGACUUACAGAAACUUACAGUAGAUCAUGCUAAACUCAAGCAUACACACACUGACAUACACAUAUACCUGUUCUAUUUAUUUUUCUUUUAAAGGUUUACUAUUGUAAAGUAUAUGUGACCCAGAUGCAACUUUUGGAACUAGAUCAGACCAGAAAUCCGUCAAAACUGUUAACGAGAUUUCAAUAAAUAUUCAUUACGCAUCAUG